AAAAUUAGUUAGAAUUAAAUGCAGAAAUUUUAAAAAGAUCGUUUACGUGUAAAAUCCCCACCACACAUUCCGAUUAAGAAGAAGAAGAAUUUGACAUUAUCGUUUGAACUGUCAUAAAAAUAAAUCAAAAUUUUGCGAUUUCAUUCACUAAAUUUGUAAAUUACUAAGAAAUGAAGUGGUAUAAUGGUGGAAUAGUUGAAGCAAUAGCGGCUUCUAAACAGAAGUCUGCUAUUUUCGUUGUAUACAUUGAAGGCCCAGACGAAAAAUCCACCAAAUUUACAGAAUUAAUUGAUACGCCAGAAUUGAGAAAAUUAUUGGAAGGAGACAACUUUGUUGCAAUUAAACUAGAAGCUAAUAGUGUACCACAUCAGCAGUUCAGUGAUAUUUAUAAGAAUGUUUCAUUUCCCAGUUUAUAUUUUAUUGGAAAGGCUGGCCAGCCCCUGGAAAUAAUUACAGAAGUCACUGAUGCCUCAUCAUUAGUGGAAAAAAUAAAAAAUGUAUUGGUACUUUCUGGAGUAAAAAAUAGUGCAGGAGAAUCUUCUGCUACUUUAAUUCAAAGUGAACAGGGCAACAACAUGCCACCUAAUGUUGUAUGUGAGAAUGGUGUGUGUACAAUUAGAAAGCCAGAUACUCCUGGUGAUGGUCCCACAACUGAGGAGAAAAUUGCAAGAGCAAAGGAAUUAGUUCAGCAGAAGAAUAAACAAAAGGAGCUUGAAGAGAAAGAAAAAGAGCGUCUGAAGGAAAUAGAACGUCGUAAAAUGGGCCAAGAUGUACAGCAACUAAAGCGUUGGCAAGAAGAUCAAGAAAUGUUGAAACUGAAAGAAGAACGCGAAAGAGAGAGGCGUGAGAAUCAAGCCGCUAGAGAUCGUGUGCUGGCCCAAAUAGAGCAGGAUAAGGCCGAAAGAGCUGCUAAAUUCAAUCAGCCAUCAAUCUCGCCAUCGGCCCAAGCGCCGUCCAGCUCAUCCAGUGUUUCUCAAAGAAUUGUGAAGUCUGAUGUAGCUAAAUUACAGUUUAAGCUACCCGAUGGUUCCACGCAUACCCACGAAUUUCCCAGCGGUGAUAAACUUCGUUCAGUUCGCGAACAUAUUGCCAAAAACGUCGCCCUGAAUUUGGGCGCGUACACAUUGUCAACCACUUACCCGAAACGCGAACUAACUGAUGUCGAUGAUGACCGUUCUCUUUUGGAACUGCGACUUACACCUACAGCCGUUGUAUUGAUACUACCCGUGAACAGAACUGGCGCCGUCUCUACCAAUCAACAAUCCGGAUUUAUGGGCAUGAUAUGGUUUGUGCUGAGUCCAAUUGUUGGACUCUUGACCUUCCUUAAGGGAAUGGUGUUUGGUGCACCUGCUGGAGGUCAAGCUGGAGAGCCAUCAACUGGACCCUCAUCAUCCUAUGGUGCCAGUAACAGGAAACCAAAUUCGCAUAAGAAACCGUCAACAACUGUAAAAAAGAAUAAAGGAUCCAACAUACAUAGAUUAGCAGAUAUGAAAGAUAGCGAUGACGAUACUAACACCUGGAAUGGUAAUUCUACCCAGCAAAUGUAAUUGUAUUAAGGGAGCACAUAUAGGCCCUAUAUUCCUCCAUUUAUCAUAUGGCCCACAAAGAUUCCCCAUUUUAAAAUAUUACAAAGAACAUUUCAUUACUGUUUCAAUUAUAUUUGUUUUAUUCCCAAGUUUUCUUUUAUAUAUAAAUUUGUAAUAUUUUAAAGUAUUUUAAAAUACUUUGUAUGUAUGUUACCCCUUAAUCACGUAUUUUAUUUAAUCUAGGUUGACUCUGAUGUUUUUCAUGUAAUGUUAUUUCUGGUGGGUUUUCAGAGUUUUAAUGGGGGCGGCUGUCCGGCCCAUUUAUAAUUUUAAUUAUCAAUUAGAAGUCGUUACCCUUUGCACAUAUAUGAAUAUGAUUAGACGUAAUUUUUCAAGGCCAGUUUCAAAGCAAGCACGUUUUUAAAUCCAGACCAACAAUUAGCAUUCUAGUAUAUUUAAUAACUGUUACAAUAUUACUUUGUAAUAGUUAUUACACUUUGCGAUUUUUCCAGUCUGUCGGUAGCAAUUACUGAUUUUAAUUUUAGCAUAUACAUAGUAAAAUUUUUAUGUGAAUUGCAGAGAAGAUACUAUUACAUUGUAGUCCUAGUUCUACCAUGUUUAGUUAAUCUUGUCUAUUUUUACUUCAAUAAAUAUUUUAUAUCGAUCUUGUGAUAUCACUAAGGAGGUAUUAUUUAUAUUAAAGACUGUUCCAGUUAA